AAGGCGGCGCAGCGAAGCUGACUGCGGAGGCCGGGCUGGGCGAGUGGCGCGAUGCCGUACGCCAACCAGCCUACUGUGCGGAUCACCGAACUUACCGACGAGAAUGUCAAGUUCAUCAUCGAGAAUACAGACCUAGCGGUAGCCAAUUCUAUUCGGAGGGUCUUCAUCGCUGAGGUGCCCAUAAUAGCCAUUGACUGGGUGCAGAUUGAUGCCAAUUCCUCAGUCCUUCACGAUGAGUUCAUUGCUCACAGACUUGGAUUAAUUCCCCUUAUUAGUGAUGACAUUGUGGACAAGCUGCAGUACUCCCGGGACUGCACGUGUGAAGAGUUCUGCCCUGAGUGCUCGGUGGAGUUCACCCUUGAUGUGCGGUGCAAUGAAGACCAGACUCGGCAUGUCACGUCCCGAGACCUCAUCUCCAACAGCCCUCGCGUCAUUCCGGUGACGUCCCGGAACCGAGACAAUGACCCCAAUGACUAUGUGGAGCAGGAUGACAUCCUUAUCGUCAAGCUCAGAAAGGGGCAGGAGCUGAGACUUCGAGCCUAUGCCAAAAAGGGCUUUGGCAAGGAACACGCCAAGUGGAACCCUACCGCAGGGGUGGCUUUUGAAUAUGAUCCAGACAAUGCCCUGAGACACACAGUGUACCCCAAGCCAGAGGAAUGGCCAAAGAGUGAGUACUCGGAGCUGGAUGAGGAUGAGUCCCAGGCACCCUACGACCCCAACGGCAAGCCAGAGAGGUUUUUCUACAACGUGGAGUCCUGUGGCUCCCUGCGCCCUGAAACCAUCGUUCUCUCAGCCCUGUCUGGAUUGAAGAAGAAGCUGAGUGAUUUACAGACCCAGUUAAGCCACGAGAUCCAGAGUGACGUCCUGACCAUAAACUAGCUGCAGCUUGGCUAUAUCAGCAAAAAGGGGGAAACAGGCCAGCAGCCAGCUGGACUUCACGUCUCUCCUGAGACUCUUCCAGACUUGGGGGCUGCCAUUGCUCAAGCUUCUUGGUGGGCCAUCAGUACCAACUAGAAGGGUCGCAGUAGAGAAGGGUGGGCUCAUCCCAGCCUUUCUUGAUUGCAGGUAGAUUACCAGGGAUGCUGCUAGAUAUUUGAGGCAGGCCCGUUCUUUACUGACAUUUAGCAUCCUGGUCCUACUAAGGGCCAGUAGUGCUACCCAGAAACCAAAACAUCCCUUCCACCUCGUUUCCUCAUGUGGCCCUAGGGGCCAUACUGCUUCCCUGCUGGGAACUGCUCAGCCGGACCUCCCCUCUGCUCUUGCUCGUUCUAGAGCUUUACUGUAAUUACCUUUCUGUCUAUAAGUUCGCAGUUGUACCUUAGGUUUCUGGUGCUAGAAUUGAGUGCUAGAAGCCCCAUUCAGGCUGCAUAUAUACCCUUCCAGUCCCUUUCCCAGGGCCAGCCUACUGGCGCCUCACUCAAAUUCCCAAGUUCCUAGUUUGAGAAGUAACCCUUCGGGAAUAAUGUUAGACCCUGGUUGUCCCCCCACACAGACACACACAAAUAAAUACGUUAUUUCAUUCUCUACCCAUCAGUUAUGGAGAACUCCUUAACUGCCAAGAGCCUGAUGGUCAUUUAGUUGGUGGGAGGGAGGUGGAAUGAGGCUCUCCCACCCCCAUUUCAUUUCUUAUUAAUGAAGGUGUUUGGCCCUGACCUCUUAGCCCUGUCUCCAGGUAGGAACAUACCCAAAGCAUUUAAUCAGGCUGCCAUAGAUGCAGUGCAGAAAAGAAGGGAUAUUUAUUGAUUAACAUAACAGUAGUUGUCUUUUUAAAAAGUUUUUAUUUUUGGCAAUAAAGAGCACAAUAUAAUCUCCUUCAUGCGUCAUCGUGCCACUAGCUGAGCCAGCCAGCUCUUCCUACCUCCCCAGGGCCCUGGGACCCGGGCUUCCCUUUUCACGCUAGCAUAUUCCUCUGGGUGGUCAUUGCCUGCAUCAGGUUGAGAGCUGAGGUGGCUGCAGCCACCUCCCUGGCCCCAGGGCUCUGUUGAGAGGGGGGGGCCUCUUAACUUUAUCAUCCUCCUGCCACAACUCGGAUAGUGGUUAUUUACAAGAAGGUCUGUUCCUACAAAUCAGAACCCUAAAGUAUUUAAAAAAAAAGAAAAAGCACGCAACCGAAGGUUUGACGUGAAUAAAAAGAUAGCCCUUCUGCAAGGUAGUCAAUAAAUACCAGCACUAGAAAAUCAAUUGCUUUAAUUGCAUUUCAGCAGGGAGCCUCAGCACCAUGUGGGGAGGAGGGGAAGGGGAUGUCAGUUUCUGAGUGCUUUUGGCUGGCCAUGGGGUGGCCAAACAGGGCAGAGUGGCCCCCU